GAGGGGUGUGGUGGCAAACCAGGCGCAGUUGUGUGGAAAAUGUUGUAUUGAAUGUGCACAAAAGCGUUGGCCAUAAAAUGUGGCACACAAACAAUUAACGUUAAAUCAAAACAAAUAAACAGGGACGAGAGGCACACACAAAAUGUCAAGGACUUAAACAAAUUGCGGCAGCUGCAAGUGUGAGCCGAGAUAAACGUCAGGAUCUGAUUUAAUUAAAGGUGCUAAAAUGCGUGCCUACUAUACCACAAAGGAUAACCGAAAAUACGGCGAUAUGAGCUAUGAAAGCAAAUAUCUGCUGGAUCCAAAGUAUAUGACAAAGCGUGAUCUACAGCAUUAUUAUCGAUACUAUAAUAUGACCAAGAAUCGUGGCCAAUUCAAGAAGAUUGUGAUUAUCAUAUUCUGCGUGUGCGUCUUCUCCUAUCUGUUUGUGGACUACAAUCUGAGGACGCAGCUGCUGCGGCUGCGCGAUCGCUUCGAUUUUAUAUCGCGCAUCGACUAUGAGCACAAUGUGAGCCAGGCAUACUUUAUAGACACGCCCGGCUGCCGGAUGCCCUACUUCGAGGUGUUCGACGAGAACAUAGCCCAGUUUAUGUUCAAUCCAACUUCUGUCAAGUGCCGCAAGCCCUUGACGCGGACGAGCGACGUGAUCGCCGGCCAGCUGCUGCUCAACAUGGACGCCAAGGAGCAGCUGAAAUAUUAUAAGAUCAAGGAUCUGGCCAAGAUCAGCUGCAGCUAUAGAGAAGUGCGCCGGCGGACGGACAACAAGAAUGAGCUGCUGCCGCCGGUGCCCAUCAAGCUGGCCCAAUCGAUGCAACUGCCAAAGGAUUUGGAAUUUAUGUGCAUGGAAUGCCAAAAUCUGGCGGGUUCCAUAAUCUACAAAGAUUGUCACUUCUUUGUGGUGGAUAAGCCGGACAUUAAGAAGAGGACCACAAAAAGAAUAUUCAAGAGCACCAACCUUGAUAAUUCAACUGCACAGGAGCCCCAAGAUCGCCUCUCGGUGAUGGUCCUGGGCAUUGAUAGCGUCUCGCACCUGAACUUCCAUCGGCAAAUGCGACGCACGGCGGCCUAUAUACAGCAAAAUUUAUCGCAUGUGGAAUUCUGGGGCUACAACAAGGUAGGCGACAAUACGUUCCCGAAUUUGGUGCCGCUGCUGAGCGGCCUGGACGAUCAGGAGCUGAAUAUAUCCUGUAUCGCGCCGCUGGCGCGUCCCAGCUACGAUGGCUGCAGAUUCCUCUGGAAGCGCUACAAGCAGGCCGGCUACAAGACGAUCUUUGCCGAAGAUGUUGGCCUCCUCGGCCUGUUCAAUUUUGGCCGCAGCGGUUUUCGUGAGCCGCCAACAGAUUACUACCUGCGUCCCAUGCUGCUGGAGAUGGAGGAGCAGAUUGCCAGCAACAAGGACACCAAUAUACAGUUGUGCAUGGGCGGGCGACGCACAGCGGAUGUGAUGUUCGAGUAUAUGCGAAAGUUUGUGCCCCGGAUGCGACGUGAUCUGUUCUUCUCGUUCUUCUGGUCGGUGGCUCUCACCCAUGACUAUUUCAAUGCGCCGCGCAUGCUGGAUCCGCAGCUGGCAUUGAAUCUCCAACAGCUGCACGAGUCGGGCGUGCUGAAUCGGACGCUAGUGCUGCUUAUGUCGGAUCAUGGCUUGCGCUGGGGCUCAUUCCGCAGAACCUAUCAGGGCAUGAUGGAGGAGCGCCAGCCGCUGCUCAUAGCGUUGUAUCCCGCCUGGCUAAAGCAGCGCUAUCCGCUGGCCAUAGCCAAUCUGGAGCUGAAUGCCAAGCGCUUGAUCACGCCCUUCGACCUGCAUGCCACGUUGCUGCAGUUGCUCGAUAUGCGCAAUCUGCAAGCGGAUCGACUGCAACAGAAUGUCGCCGAGCUCAGUGACAUCGACAGCACGCUGCCGCGUGGCAUUAGCCUGUUCAUGCCGGUGCCGGCGGAACGCAACUGCGACCAGGCGAGCAUUGCGCCCCACUGGUGCACCUGCCAUCAGCGCAAGGAGAUGCCCACCAAUAACGAACGCGUCCAGCGUGCCGCACGCUAUUUGGUCCGUUUGAUCAAUGAUCGCCUUUCCGCACAUACGCAAUGCCGCACACUCUAUUUGAACUCCAUACUGCAGGCGUUCAUCGCGGCGCCGCACCAGAAGAUUGUCAAAGAUAUUAACAACGACUAUUCGGUGGAUAUAACGCUGCGCUUUCAGACCAAACCGGGUCUGGCUGUCUUCGAGUCGACGGUGCGCAUGACCGGAUAUGUGAGCACCCUAACGGGGACCAUCAGUCGGAUCAAUCUGUAUGGCAGCCAGAGCUAUUGCAUCAAGGAUUCGUCUCUGAAGAUGUUUUGCUAUUGUCACAGAUAAGCGUUAAUCCCCAUUUAAAGACUUUUAUGCCCAAUACGUAGCCUUAGAUCUAUUGCUUACACCUAGUUCUUAAGUUAAGCCAAACUAUUUCUAUGAAAUAUUUAGCGCUGACUUUGUAUAAAGUUAUUCAAUUGAAUCUUAACUACCAAACAAGCUCGCAAGUCUUCUGGCUAGUUGAGAGAAUUCGGACGUUUGUAUUAAUUUAGUGACAAUAAAAAUAGCUCCAUACACAAAUACAA